AUGCCUUCACCCACAGCAAGAAAAGCAAAGGAAAGUAUCAAUGCCCCACACCCAGGAAUUGUGAAGAUUGGAAUCAUCAGGGGUCAUGAAGACUUUAUAACAGGCCACCAAGCUGAGACAGGGGUUACCGAGAGGACGGAUGAGUCUCAGAAGGAAAUGGUUUCUAGUGUUAGAAACAACAAGAGGGCAUCGCCCGAGUUGGUGGAAGACGGUGGCUCAAAGGGUGGUUUGGACACCAAGCACCACUGUGAAAUUGCACCUGCUAGAAAGUAA